UCAUCUUCUGGAAACUUCAAUUGGUUUUUCUUCUUGUUUAGAGAAUAUAAAACCAUAUCGUUGAAUAUUCAUGUCUGUGGAUUUGUUUUGUGGUUGGGGUUGUGGGGUAUAGAUAUGGGUUUGAAAGAGAUGUAGAGAGCGGUGGUUUGACCCACUGACCAGCUUUUAAAUAGCCCUUUUCUUGUGUUCAUUCUUCCAUUGUAGAUCAGCUAUAGAAAGGUGAGAGAUCAGAGAAGACAUCAUCAUGAGGGAGCAGUUCUCAGAUGAGUGUGGUGGAAGUCCAUUUAUGAGCCCGUUAGGGACGACUCCAGAGAGAAGACCCUCUUCUCUAUCUGAGCCUGCCAGUCGUGUCCAAAGUCCCUCUUCUUCAGAUGACUCUUCCAACUUCAUCAAAACAAAAAAUAGAAAUUCGGUAGUGGGUCGCAUGAACAAGUUGGGGAAGAAGACACACAGUUUUGCUUUCAGGGUUCGGGAACAUGUGAGACUGGGGCCAAAGCUAUCAGAAACAGUGAAGGGGAAGCUGAGUUUGGGGGCAAGAAUCAUACAAGAAGGUGGAAGGGAGAAGAUAUUCAAGCAUAUAUUCAGUGUGAACGAAGGAGAGGAGCUGUUGAAGGCUUCACAGUGCUACUUGUCAACAACUGCUGGUCCAAUUGCUGGCCUCCUCUUUAUUUCCACUGAAAAGGUUGCUUUUUGCAGUGAAAGAUCCAUCUCUUUAACUUCUCCAUCUGGGGAAAUUGUUAGAUCACCCUACAAGGUUUUGAUACCAGUGAGAAAGAUAAAAAGAGCAAAACAAAGUGAAAAUGUGAACAAGCCUGCACAGAAGUACAUAGAAAUAGUUACUACGGAUGGUUUUGAGUUUUGGUUUAUGGGAUUUUUGAGGUAUGAGAAAGCUUUCAAGAAUCUUGAGAAGGCCAUUUCUAUGUACAACUAAGUUUGUAAAUUUUCUUAUUCAAUAGAGAAGAUAGAUAAGUUUGUUUGGUAAUUAUGUUUUGUUUUUUCCUCCUUUCCUCUUUUUCUUUGUGAGUUUGGGGAAUAAAAAACUUCUCCCAUGUUUCACUUUUUUGUACAAAAUUAUAUAAUAGAGAAUAUUUGGUGUUCAUUCUGC